AUGCGUUGGUCGCAUACACACACACAAAGCUUGGAGUGUGAAGAGCGACUACUGGCUCGCUGCAGCCGCCCUCGAGUCAAUUCUGCUAUCUUUGUAUCAGCUGAACCUGCUGGAUUCCCAGGUUUUGAUGCUGGCGAGUUCCUGAGACGGCACGGUUCUCAAUCUAAGUUAUGUCGUAAGGCGAGAUCGGCAGACAACAUACCUUUAACAACAAUGAGUGACUCAUCAGAGCGACUUUGUAAGGUCAAACAUCCUAUAGAAGACACUAUCAACGAAGAAGCAAGUAAAUCCGACGACAGUAGCAGCGUCGAGACUGUUAAACAUUUUGGCCUACCGAUUCUUUCAGUGUCAGGCCCUUCACCCCCUGACGAGGAUUACGAUCAGAUAGAUGAGUAUCUGUAG